UAAAAAAUAACAAUUACCUCCCUUUGGUAAACAGCCCGCCAUCUUCGAAAGUACGAUACAUGAUUAGACAGGUUCAGAUUUGCUGUGUUGUCCUGAAGGAAUCAAGAUGACGAAUGUUUUGGAGGAUCCGUCCCUGGAGCGCCAUUUUAAGGGCCACAGGGACACCAUCACAAGUGUGGACUUCAACCCAAACAUGAAGCAACUUGCCUCUGGGUCAAUGGAUUCCUGUCUGAUGGUGUGGAAUUUCAAGCCUCAAAUGAGGGCUUACAGAUUUGUUGGACACAAGGAUGCAGUGAUGGACGUGAAGUUUUCUCCGUCGGGUCAUCUUGUAGCGUCGGGGUCUAGAGACAAGACAGUACGACUGUGGAUCCCCAGUGUGAAAGGAGAGUCAACUGUAUUCAAGGCCCACACAGCUACCGUGAGGAGUGUAGACUUCUCCAGUGAUGGCCAAUACUUACUCACAGCUUCUGAUGAUAAAACAGUCAAGGUGUGGACAGUACACAGACAGAAAUUCAUGUUCUCCUUAAACCAACACAUGAACUGGGUUAGAUGUGCAAGGUUUUCCCCUGAUGGCCGACUCAUUGUAUCAGGCAGCGAUGACAAAACUGUAAAACUGUGGGACAAAAAUAGUAAAGAAUGUGUGCAUACAUUUUUUGAACAUGGAGGGUUUGUGAACUACGUAGAAUUCCACCCGAGCGGCACGUGUAUAGCCUCAGCGGGUACUGACAGUACUGUUAAAGUGUGGGACAUCAGGAUGAACAAAUUACUACAGCAUUAUACAGCUCAUUCGUCAUCCGUGAACAGUUUAUCAUUCCAUUCGAGUGGGAACUACCUGAUAUCAGGCUCAGAUGAUUCUACUUUAAAGAUUUUUGACCUGCUGGAGGGUCGACUUUUCUACACACUUCAUGGACACCAGGGUCCAUCAACUGCUGUAUCAUUCUCUCGGUCUGGGGAAUACUUCGCCUCCGGCGGGUCAGAUGAGCAGGUACUGGUAUGGAAAACCAACUUUGACCAGUUAGACUUUAAUGAAGUUCUUCAGUCUCAUAAGCAGCGGGAGAAAACUGCAGCUCCCCCGACAGUUGGUGAUAUACCACCCAGAGUACAGAAGCCCCAAAGACCUCAAACAACAACUAGGUUGGACGCCCGUACAGAUCUGAAGAAGAUGGAUGAUGAAGAGCCUGAAGUGACAGAGGUUGGUCCGGCCAUGUUUUCAUCUGGGCAGCGUUCGGUAAUGAAUGGUGAGCGAUUUCAGGAGUACAACAUGACGUCUGUUGACCACGCUUUGAGGGAUCUACAGAUGCCAUCAAGUCAACAAAGAAGUGAGGAGGCUCCUUCUACCACUCAGCCACUGGAGCCAAAGUCUAUCCCGCCACAGUUAGCCAACACAUUGGAGCAGAUAGUCGGCCAGUUAGAUGUCCUUACACAGACUGUGUCGUUGCUGGAACAGAGACUGACGAUGACGGAAAAUAAGUUGCGAGAGUGCUUGGACAAUCAGCAAAAAAUCACGCUUCAAAUUCGUCCCACUGAUUGAUUCUCACCUACCAAAAAAAAACCUUCAUCUGUGAUACACAUUUAUGAAAAUC